GCCAGCGUUUGCGAUUCCGUUUGGGCCUGAUCAACGGUGACCCUCCAGAAGAAGGUGUGCCGAUGUGGUCCUUCGAGGUACGCGCCAGCGCCAGUGCAGGUGCAGCGGUGAUCGAGAGAACCUCAGGCUAUCCUGGCUAUGGCGUCUACUUGAAGCUGGAGGUUGCUGGCCUCUAUGGCUCUGUUCGGGAAGUGGGCUACAAGUACAACUAUGUGCGGCUGACAUUCCGGCUGCCUCCUGCUGCAACGAUGGCUACCGGAG